AUGUUCGAGGGGGAGGGAGAGGGGGAGGUGGGAAUAUCAUUCUUAUCAAGUGGGAAAAUUCCAUCUAAUGAUCUUACAGGUAAUAGGAAGCUAAAUGUGGAGGAUACUAUCCUACAUGAAGUCCUAUGGCAGGAGGACACUAUCCUACAGGAAGUCCUAUGGCAGGAGGACACUAUCUUACAGGAAGUCCUAUGGCAGGAGGACACAAUCCUACAGGAAGUCCUAUGGCAGGAGGACACUAUCCUACAGGAAGUCCUAUGGCAGGAGGAUACUAUCCUACAGGAAGUCCCAUGGCAGGAGGACACUAUCCUACAGGAAGUACUAGGGCAGGAGGAUUCUAUCCUACAGGAAGUCCUAUGGCAGGAGGACACUAUCCUACAGGUAGUCCUAUGGCAGGAGGAUACUAUCCUACAGGAAGUCCUAUGGCAGGGGGAUACUAUCCUACAGAAAGUCCUAUGGUGGGAGGAUUCUAUCCUACAGAAAGUCCUAUGGUGGGAGGAUACUAUCCUACAGGAAGUCCUAUGGCAGGAGAAUAAUAUCCUUCAGGAAGUCCUAUGGCAGGAGGAUUCUAUCCUACAGGAAGUCCUAUGGUGGGAGGAUUCUAUCCUACAGGAAGUCCUAUGGUGGGAGGAUUCUAUCCUACAGGAAGUCCUAUGGUGGGAGGAUUUUAUCCUACAUGAAGUACUAUGGCAGGAAGAUUCUAUCCUACAGGAAGUCCUAUGGCAGGAAGACAAUAUCCUACAGGAAGUACUAUGGCAGGAGGACACUAUCCUACAGGAAGUCCUAUGGCAGGAGGAUUUUCUCCUACAGGAAGUCCUAUGGUUGGAGGAUUUUAUCCUACAGGAAGUCCUAUGGCAGGAGGACACUAUCCUACAGGAAGUCCUAUGAUGGGAGGAUUCUAUCCUA